AUGAAGCUUCUCGGAAUUCUCACCAUCACCACCGCAGUCAACGCUGCUAUCUCGUUCAACUUGAAGUCCAAGAAGGACGGCUCUGACUUCGACAACAAGAAUGUCAUGAACCGUGGAAGACUCACCCUUGGCGACGAUGCGGGCAUUGAUUUUGUUCUCAAUGACGACGGUUCCCUCGUGGACGGCCCUUCAAAGAAGUAUAUCAACUUCAAGUCUGAUCUCGCCGAGCUUGGCGACGAUCACCUCAAGGGUUUCUCUGUCAAAGACAACAAGUUGCGUUAUGACGACAAGAACGAGUGGUACGGCUGCCCCAAGGACGAUUCUGCUUUAGGAUUCAAGACUGGCUGCGACGACAAGCAGGAAAUCGAUCUUGAGUUGGAAAACGUCAAGGAAUGCGACAAUAACUACCCUGACGAACGAGACUUGUUCUUCUUGAGAGCCUGGAGCACAAAAAGCGACAAGUUCCAAAACACCCCAAUUAUGAAGGUUGACGAGCAUCCCCAUGUGUUUUCCGUGGGAGGCGACAAAGGCAAGGACUUGAACUUGUACUUCUUCGAUGACAAAGGAUCCUUGGCUGACCAAGACAACAGAGGAGUCAACCAUGAUUCAAAGACAGGUGAAGUAGGCAAUGUUGCACCAUUUGGCCGCUCUGGCGCAACUCCAGGUUUCUCUAUUGACGGAGACCAUUUGGUCUUUGAGGGAAAUGACAACUGGAGGGCUUGUCCAAGUGGAGACGACGAAUACUCAUUGGCCGACAAUGAUUGCACUGGUGGCACUCCUAUCGUUUUGCAAGUUGUCUUUUUUUAA